AUGGAGGCGGCGCUGCGCGGGAUCAGGGCGAAGCUGACGGAGCACCGGGAGAAGGUGGUCAGCGCCCUGCUGCUGGGCUCGUUCGUGGUGCUGGGGUGGCGGUCGUCGGAGCAGCAGCGCGAGAUCGACGGCCUGUUGGCCGAGAAGCGCUCCCUCCGCGCUACCAACGCCUCCAUGUCCGCCGCCAUGUGGGCCUGGCGGGAGGAGCUCUUCUCCCUCGCCGCCACGCCCUCCUCCCCCAUCUCCGUGUCCCGGCUCCGCCACAUCUACGGUGAGGAGGAGCCCGCACCGCCCGCGUCCAAGCUGCCAGGAUCAGAUGCUGGGAAGGAAUCGAUCUCUAUAGCCUGA